UGAAUUUUGGUUGAUACGUUUGGUAAGCAAUAACAACACUUACUUGUCAGCUAGUGUCACUGUACAUGCUCUGAUUUGUACACUGAUCAAGAUUAAUCAUUAGUGCCAAACAUGGAUGACAGAUCAGCUUUGGAGAACUUUUUCACACAGCUCCGUAAGGUUGGCCUUGCAACAGAACGGGGUGUGACUGAAUUGAUAGAGGACUAUGAUAAUAACACUAAAAGAUGUCCUUCUAAAGCCAUAUUGAAACUAUCAGACUUAAAGAAGGAAGUCAAAGAGACAAAGGUGGAUGUGAGGGGUAAGAUGGAACACAUGCAACAGACAGGUCAAGCAUUUGAUGAGUUCCUGGGUCUGUGUGGCUCCCUGAUAGCAAAACAAAAGGCAGCAGUACAGGAUAUUGAGACCUUCAUGCAGCAGUAUGGCUACACACCUAAAGUCACUGAGAAACCUAAGGGCAAUGAAGAAGAAGAGAUGGACAUGGAAGCCACAGAUGAUACGAGCAAUGGAGAUGCAGUAUGCACCCCACCCCCAUGCCGUCAGGAAGUCCAGGACACAUCCAAGACACCCAAGACCCCUGUCAUGGAGCACACAAGACUCCAGUCUUACAAGAUGAAGGCUGUAGCUGCGUCCAACACUAAUACAGCUAUGUACAGUGUCCAGCCAGUAAGCAGGUCCCACCAGGUACCACCAGAGUUUGAAAAUGAUGGCCUCUUUGUGACACCAAGUCUGAUGGGAGAUAAGAAACUUCCCCUACAAACACCAGAUGCACACCAGACAGGCCAUUAUGGGAGUCCCUAUCCCAUGUGGAGCCCCGCCGCGUCGGACAUGCCGAGUCAUCAGAAAAUCCCACGCCUGGACCUAAACAGCCAUGCCUCUGUGGAUCUAACCAGCCCAGAAUUUCAGACUCCAAGUAUGCGUCGGCUCGCUCAGAUGUCAAGUGCUUGCAAUCCUGAUGUCCAGAAGUUGUCAAAAGCGGUGUCGGAACAAAUGAUGGCCUGCAGUCCAGCAUCACCAACCUUUCAAACGCCUAACCUGAAAAAUCUACUAUUGAAAAAAAACACAUCCAUCCACAAACCCUGCCCAAUACCUAAUCCGGGAAUCGGUGUAAAGAACCUGGUCAAGUCAGAUCCCCUUGACUUCAGCGUGAAGACCCCACCCAUCUCUAGGAUAUAUACGACAGAGACCCCGAAAACUCCAGAAAUGACAUGCGAUUUGUCGAAACUGCGAGGAAUGGCAAAUACCUUCAGUUAUGAGCCGGUAGCCUUUUCCAGUGUAUCAGGGAGAGAGAAUUCCAGCAUCCGGAGUGGUUUCCCUGAACCACCCAAGCUCUCCUACCUCCAGUCACAGUCAGACACGCCCAAAACGCCGGAACUGACCCACAACUUUCAGUCCUUCCGGGGACUCUCCCAUGCCCCAGUGCCAAAGUUUGAAUCACUGGCAGAGAGGCUUGGCCAGAACCUGCCUAGCGAAACCCCUCCUACACCAGACAUGCUCACUACGAGACUUGACCAGCUGAAGGCAGAACGCAGCUCUCAUAAGCCAAAAACCACUUAUGGCACGCUCUCAUCACACGGCGACCUUGACUCCCCCCAGCUCCUAGGCACAUACAACUUCAGGACCUCUAAGGAAAAUGUGCCACCAAGACCAUGACUCAGCUAACGAAACCUGUAUGUGGCUGAUAGAUACGGCUGUCAUCAGACAAUACUAUAUAAAAUGUGCUUUAUAGGACAUGUCAAAAAUAAAAUUGAAGGGAGUUGGUACCAUUUUCAUCAAUAAAUAUUGAAGACAUGUAUUUUUCAACUUAAAAGUGAAAUGAUACAGUCACCAUUUCCAUUCAAUAAUUUUGCUUUGGCUUAUUUUUAAGGCAGAACAGAUGACUAUGAGUUAUUUUCCUUUGCAAGUUUUUCCAGCAAUAUCUAGAAGCGUUAUUCUCCUCUCAACCAUGUCUUUUCUUCAGCAGAAAUUAAUUAUUUUCACAAAGGUUGAUCUUGUUUGACUUUUUUUCAUAUGAGCUCGGCCAUUUGACAAUUCCUGGUUCAAAAAAAAACGACAAAAGGAAAAUAACUAAGCAAGAUAAAAAUACCCCACAACCAACCAUUUAUUUAUUUCUGGUCAAAAUGUUACCUAAGAUCACUUUAGUAACUGGCUUAAUGCAUUUCUGGGUAUAAUUUUGUGAACUGAUUAUAUUAGAAUAACAAAAUUUAUUACCUGUAUCUGAGCAAGAUUGUUUGAUAGU